AUGGUACGCAAGGCCAAUAAUGGUUCCGGCAGACAGAGGGUAGGGUCUUGCUUCUCGAAAGUCACAGGCGGAGUUGGUGGUUCUGGAGGCACGGGGGAUUAUGCGCAACUGGUGGUGGGUCGAUCAGACGAGAGUGAUUAUGCAAAGGAACAACGGCGCGUCAGAGCCGCGGGCAAAAGGAAAGCGCGUGAGGACCUCGACCCCGAAGAUAACCCGUCCCAGCUCACAUACGCUCGUCCUUCAAACAUGCCGUCUCAUAUUUCCUUAGGCGCGCCAGUCACACGCAAGACUACCAAGGAUCUCACUCCCACGUUCCUGGUAGACGCUAGGGUUCAAGUCAAAAGACCCAACUUCAUCCGGUGGUUCCUCGCCACUUUUCCUUACCAAUGCAGCACGUGUGUAACCAAAAAAGUGUCCUGCGAGCUCCCGCCUGUGACGGACGGCGCCCAACGCAAAUUUAAAUGCACUGCUUGCCGUGACGACUGCAAUGUGAUAUGUAGUUGGUUCCAGGAUCUCUUGGAGGUGUACAUACGUGAGGCAUACCAGCUAGAUGUUGGAGAGGCGCGUGUAUUGGCAUCCUCGAAAGGAAACGACCCACAGGGUACUUUAAGAGGCUACUAUCAGACUUGGCUUGCAGAACAUGCUGAACGCUGUUCUGACGGCGAGUUGCGAGAGGACUUAAAGGCCCUUGAGACUAUUAUUUCCUUCCAGGGUCCGAAGUUGAGCAGCAGGGUCAGCCCCACACAGCGUGACCCCCUGCAGCCAGCAUCCGUACAACGUGCCUCCACACAAUUGCAUCCACCUGAGCGACAGCAUAGGCCGCAAAAGUGGGUCAAUUUUGUAACACCUCUCCCACCAGAAGAGCUCCCUCCAGCACAGGCGUUCCCAUCAUCACCCGCCACCCAGUGCCCCUCGAUGCCUUCAUCUGUCCAAAUUUCUCCAGGUAUGUCACAGCUCCCACCCACAAUCCCUGACAGGGCCUCCCCAACACCCCUGCCCCCGUUCUGGAGUCUCUCGACACCUACAUCUGUUCAAAUUUCUCCAGGUGGGUCGCGGCUGCCACCCACAACGCCUGACCGAGCUUCCCUACCCACCCCGCUCUCGACACCUGCGCCUGUCCACAUUCCUCCAGGGUGCCGCAAACCCUUUUCACCUUUGCUGCCCACCUCUCCAGGCCCGCGCGAGCUAACCCCUCUAGCCAGCUCUACCCUAGUUCCUGCGAAUUUUUCCCCUCCUAUCAUUGUGCCCGCAACCAUCGCCACAUCUGAGACGCAUGGCAAUACUUCACAAAAUAAUAGCCCUGCUCAGAUGGAUGACGUGCAUGCCGCAUCCCAGCACCGCCCAGGUGAUGACCUCACGAAUGCCGAACCUCGCAGUGUUAAUGUAGGCACUGAUGAGGCAUGCGAUAGGAUGGACCCCCGACCACCCUCCGUCGGGCUCAAAUCCGAAAUGGCUAACUUGUCGGAUGGGCUAGCAAAGCUAGCUGUGGGAGAUCCAUCCUUCCCGCCAGAAUUCUCCAAUCGUCGGGAGACCGAAGCGUACCUAUUGAAAAUGCUGCAGGGUUCACUGCAGACGUGCGACUUCCUCGGAAGCGUUGUGGAUGAACAAGAUUCUAGACACGUUGCUGUCACCAGAAGCCUAGAGGAUGAGGUCCGUCUGCUAACGCUAGAAAAUGGAGAACUGAAGCAGGGGGUUGCCAUGAAAUGCCUGGAACAAAAGAUCUGCCUAUUAGAGGUAGAGAAUGAUAAACUGCGAGGCAGGCUCGCCCGCCAAGACCAGGAGCUAGAGGAUAGGGGGCUGAGGGGGAGAGCAGUCAGAGAUCUAGAGCAAAAGGUCCGCCAGCUGGAGGUAGGGGGAGGGAGGUUACAAGGGCAGCUCUCCCAGCGAGAGCAAAUAGUUGCUACCAUGAAGACUCGCGCGCAGCUCGCAGGCCGUGUGCUAUGGCUGGCCUCACAGCGUGCUCCGCUUGCUCCUGGAAACACCCAGGCCCCCGAUCCCGUCGCGGACAACCUGAGGGGCUUGGUCUCCAUGAUUGAUGCGCAUGUAGACGGUAUCCAACCUGCCCUUGCGAACAAGCGACUUGGGGGUUCGAAUGAAGAUGGUUGA